AAGCAGGUCACGUGGUUCGCAGCCGCUCUGCUCGGCGCAUCGAUUGCUCUUCCUGGCGGUGAUUAGUACUGUCUCUUUCUAGGGCUCCGGUGUGGAGCCGAGGCCUGUGAAGUGAAUCUUGCUUCUCCCCGGUGUUUCCGUGUCCCACCUGCGUCUCAGGAUUUCACCAUGGCCGCCGAAGUGGGGAAGCUGUCCAAGAAUCUCCUGCGGAUGAAGUUUAUGCAAAGGAGUCUUGACCCAGAAACCAAGAAACAGUUAGAAGAGGAGGAGAAGAAAAUCAUUAGCGAUGAACACUGGUUCCUUGACCUGCCAGAGCUGAAGGAAAAAGAGAAUUUUAUUAUCGAAGAAAGAAGUUUCCUUCCAUGUGAAGAUUUCCUAUAUGGCAGAAUGUCCUUCAAAGGGUUUAAUCCGGAGAUUGAGAAGCUUAUGGUCCUGAUGAACUCUAAGACAACGGAAGAAGAGGAGGUCCGUGAUGAAGGAAAAAUGGAUGCGGAUGUGUCAGAUGAAGAAAUGGCCCGCCGAUACGAAUCAUUAGUGGGCAGCAUCAAAAAGAAAUUUGCAACGAAGAGAGAACACAAAGCCAUUCAGGAAAAAGAGGAUGAAAAUAGUAAUAUUAAGAGCAGCAAAGUGAAGAAAGGCUUUAAGAAACCUCUUGACUGAGCCGCUGCAGAACACAAAGGACUGUUUUUAUAUAUGAAAGCCUGUGCGUGAAACUAACAAAUGUACAGUUCAUUUUUAUUUUUAUUUUUUUUAAUGAAGUUGUAAAUCAAAUGGAGACCUUCUAUGCACUGGUUGUUUGUACCUUGAAGCUUCAUAGUUGUGUGAGACUUGUAAACCAUAAUUUGUGUCUGCAAUUGCAGAUCAAACCCAUUUGGGACUGAGCUGUAAUGCCUGGACAAACAAUGGGUAAGACUGGUGCUUUGUAUGGAAAAAAAAAAAAAAAAAGGUUUUCGGUAACUAUUGACUUGGCCAGUGUAAUUCCUUUCUUACUCUUUUGUAUUGGGUACAAGUUAAAAGUAGAUACGAUUUGGUUGCUAUGAUUUACAGUGUGAAUGUAUCUUUUUAAUUUUAUUUCAACAAUUGUUUUAUUCGCCCACACACCCCUACAUCUGUGAACUAAGAUUAGACGUUAGCAGCCACCGACCACUUAUAUCACAUAACAGGUUGGGAGUUUCUCAAAUACAAUGAUGUAUUUAUUAGAGAUGAGCGAACUUACAGUAAAUUCGAUUCGUCACGAACUUCUCGGCUCGGCAGUUGAUGACUUUUCCUGCAUAAAU